AAGCCUAGGCGACAGCUACCAACACAGCCCAGCAAAAGGGCACGCGCACCUACUCCUUCCUCCCGCUUCUCACCUCAUCACCAGGUGUUCGACCGCGGACAACGGCGAUGCCGAGCUCCGGCGACGCGGCGGGCAGGCGGCCGCACGUGGUCCUCAUCCCGAGCGCCGGCAUGGGGCACCUGGUCCCCUUCGGCCGCCUCGCCGUCGCGCUCUCCUCCGGCCACGGCUGCGACGUCUCCCUCGUCACGGUGCUCCCCACCGUGUCGGCCGCGGAGUCGAAGCACCUUGAGGCGCUGUUCGCCGCGUUCCCGUCCGUGCGGCGGCUCGACUUCCAGCUCGCGCCGUUCGACGAGUCGGAGUUCCCCGGCGGUGACCCGUUCUUCCUCCGGUUGGAGGCCAUGCGGCGGUCGGCGCCGCUACUCGGCCCGCUUCUCGCCGGCGCCAGCGCGUCGGCGCUCGUCACCGACAUCGCCCUGACCUCCGUCGUCCUACCCGUCGGCAACGAGCUGCGCCUCCCGUGCCACAUCCUCUUCACCGCCUCCGCCGCGAUGCUCUCCCUUUGCGCCUACUUCCCCACCUACCUCGACGCCAAUGUUGGCGGCGUCGUCGGCGACGUGGAUAUUCCCGGCGUGUACCGCAUCCCCAAGGCCUCCAUCCCGCAAGCGCUGCACAACCCCAACCAUCUCUUCACCCGCCAGUUUGUCGCCAACGGACGGAGCCUCACGAAUGCCGCAGGCAUUCUGGUGAACACCUUCGAGGCACUGGAACCGGAUGCCGUCUCGGCCCUGCGGCAAGGCACGGUUGCCGCCUGCUUCCCGCCGGUGUUCGCCGUGGGGCCGCUUCUCCCAGCGAGAUCUCCGGCGGGAAAUCAACCCAAAGAUCCGGCGGGCUACAUGGACUGGCUCGACGCGCAGCCGGCGCGGUCCGUCGUGUACGUCAGCUUCGGCAGCCGAAAGGCCGUGUCAGGGGAGCAGCUCAGGGAGCUCGCCGCCGGGCUGGAGGCAAGCGGCCACCGGUUCCUGUGGGUGGUGAAGAGCACCGUCGUGGACAGGGAAGACGCCGCCGAGCUCGGCGAGCUGCUCGGCGAGGGGUUCCUGGAGCGGGUGGAGAAGCGAGGCCUCGUGACCAAGGCAUGGGUGGAGCAAGAAGACGUCCUGAACCACGAGUCGGUCGGGCUGUUCGUCAGCCACUGCGGCUGGAACUCGGUCACGGAGGCGGCGGCAGGCGGCGUCCCGGUGCUGGCGCUGGCGAGGUUCGGCGACCAGCGGGUGAACGCCGGCGUGGUGGCGCGCGCCGGGCUCGGAGUGUGGGCGGACAGCUGGAGCUGGGAGGGCGAGGAGGGGGUGAUCAGCGCGGCGGAGAUAUCCGGGAAGGUGAAGGCGGCGAUGGGAGACGACGAGGCGUUGCGGAGGAAGGCGGCGAGCCUCGGCGAGGCGGCGGCGAAGGCCGUCGGCGACGGUGGAUCCAGCCACCGUCGCCUGGCCGAGUUUGUGCGACUCUGCUAAGAGGAAACUGACACGUAUUACAUUACACCUACUAGUCACCUCACCAGCCCGGGAUUAUAAACGGAGAAAUUUGAAUAUUGUUUUAAAGAUGUUGCUUAUUUUGUUUUUUUUAUAAGUAAAUUGUCUUUCAAUGUAAGUUAUAUGUACUCUUACCAGUAUUACGACAGUUAUGGUUAAGCGUGGAAAUGAAUCAAGCCGGACUUGUGAAAGCUUGGUCAAAGAUA